AUGGGAUGCAGUCGGGUGCUGCCCUGGCUGAUGCUUGCAUCGGUGCUGGCUACAGCCGGAAGCCGCAGCUACACCCUGCUGGAAGCCAUCAAGAACCGCAAGACACUCGGCCAAGACAAGGUGCUCGAGGCCGUCCGGACCGCCUCCAACAUCGACGAGCAAGACGACAAGGGCUUCACAGCAUUGAUGUGGGCAGCGACGAUAGCAGACGUGGAGAUCGUGAAGGCAAUCCUUCUUGCCGGGGCCAGCGUGAACUUGCAAAGCAAACUCGGGUCGACGGCCCUGAUCUUUGCCGCCCAGUACAGCCAGCCGGAGAUCGUGGACGCCAUUCUCAAGCACCAUCCGGACGUGAACCUGCAAGACAAGAUCGGAAACACGGCCCUCAUGCUUGCCCAGUACAACCAGCCGGAGAUCGUGGCCGCCAUUCUGAGGCACCAUCCGGACGUGAACCUGCAGAACAAGUACGGAUGGACGGCUCUCAUGUAUGCUGCCCGUUACCGCAAGCCGGAGAUCGUGGACGCCAUUCUCAAGCACAAGCCGCUGCUGGAUCUCCAGGACAAGAGCGGAGCGACGGCUUUGUUUCUGGCAGUCGGGAACGAGCACGGCCCCGCCGCGGCCGCGGCCAAGGUCAAGGCACUGCUCCGUGCGGGCGCAGCCGUGGAUCUGGCCAACUAUGCUGGGCGGACGCCUUUGAUGAAGGCAGCGGAUUGGGGCCUCAGGAAUGCCUCGGAAGCGCUGCUCCGCCAUGGCAGCCUCCCAGAGCUGCGCAGCCGCAGCGGCCACAACGCCCUGGACUUCGCCAGACUCCGAGAGACAAGGGUCCAUUCUUCCUCGUCAAAGAUUCAAACAAAAGCCUUGAUACAGCGACUUGAAAGGGUCACUCCGACUGGCGUGGGCUUGGCCGGCAAGUACUUCACCUCCGGCACCACCUGGCUCUUUCUGGGCUCCGGCCUCGCUGUCGGUCUCUGCGCGGGUUUUUGCUUGGUGGCAAUGGGGAAGAGGGGAAGCCUUCAGCCAAGCUCACAGCAAGUGACCGUUAGCAUCAGCAGCAGGAGGCUUGCGAUCAAGAGCCUGACCAAGCAGAUCUGGAAAGCGGAAGCCUUCAGAGCGCUUGAGCUCGUGGCAUGUAUCCUUUUGCCGCUCUCAAUGACCAUGCUAUGGAUCGAGCCUCUGAGCUUCCUGCCGUGCUAUUUGAUCGUCUACAUCUUGCCGGCUCUGGCAUGCUGGCAGCAGAAGGCCCGUCGCUUCCCGGCCGUGCUGCUGGUGAGCCCCGCAACCAGACCUGGCCUCCGUUGUCCGGUUCGCUUUCCGCGGGCCGUCGCCACGGUCGCACAGCUCGCUUUGGUGUGCUGGAUGCCAGGACACUGCGUAGAGCCCAUCCAUUAUUACAUUUAUGGCCAAAUGGAUUUGGCAAACACGACGACGACCUUCCCCGUGAACGCCAUGGUGCAUGGGCACCUGCCACUGCUGAGCAGGGCCUCUGCUGAGAUGGCGUGCCCGGCAAAGACUUCCUUCCCGGCUCGGGAACGAUCCCUGUUCUUCGGCGCACAGUGUGUCGUGGCCUCCGUCAGCUUUGUUUGGGUUGUUUUUGUCGCGAUGGACACCUGCUGCGGAUUCAUGCAGUCUGCUACGAGCGACCAGCAAGCCGUGGAGCAGCUCAGCGAGCGCAUAGCUGCGACGGAGACGAAGGAAGAGAUUGCGGAGAUCACCGACCCAGUCGCGGUGAGCCCGGAGAGUUCGAUUCAGUGCCUGCCUCCAGGAGGCAUCCGCUUCACGGUUGGCAUGGCCGUUGUCGAUAUCUUCUUGGACCUCUACAGUGUGUACUCUUGCAUCAUGGCGGCUCAGCUCAAGUUUGCGUCCCUCAUGGUGGCCAUUAUCACCACUUCCUGCACCGUGGAAGCCCUGAGCAGCGACCCGCGGAUCCUCCCAAAGCAGGUAGAAGCCUCCUUGCGACGAGGGUUGUCGACCGAUGCCCUCCGACACGCCCUGGCAUCGGAAGCCUGCUUCGAGGCCCCGUUGUCCCUUUGCCUUACGGCCUAUGUCUUCGUGUUCAACGUACGGGGUGGCGGCCUGCUCACGCUGGUCCUCUCUUUUAUGAGCAUUGCCGUUAGCACCUAUCACACUGCCAGCUUCUUAUGCUGGAUCAUCGACUUGGGACUGGAAAAGGACGACGCCGAGAUGGGCGAGGAUACCGCCAAGAAGGAUUGCGAUGUAGAGCUGUGCGACCACCACAAGAAGGGCUACGCAAGCGUUCUGCUCCGAGAACACUGA